UCUGUGCCUCUGUCUAACCCUUGGUUGCUCUGUCUACCAUGUGUUUCUCACUCUGAUUUCUUCAAACAAUCAUUUUCGAAUUUGGUUGGGAGUUAGUUCAUUGUCCGGUUAAUCAGAUCGAAAUCCGGAGAAACUCACAAGAUUGCGGAUGAAUUAUGUCAAAUGUGGUCUUGUAUUGAAUUGUUGGGAGUUAUAGUUUAUGCUACUGCGUUAAUGUGUAAUGACACAUUGAGAUAGAGGUCUUUGAGGCAGAGGAACGAUGAAAUGUAUGUUCUGUUCGCUUUAUAUCUAGAUUCAUGGGUAUUUGCUUCAGCAUUGACUCUGAUACAAAGGCCACAGGAUAUGAAUCGAUCACACCAACAACUAAGCAAGAUAGAAGCAGAAGCUACAGUUCAUUAUCUCCUAUGAAUAUCAAAGAUCUCCGCCAAAGUCCUUGCUAUGGGAAUGUUGAUAUAUUUUCCUAUGAUGAACUGAGGUUGGCCACCAAGCAUUUUCGUCCAGACUUAAUUCUGGGAGAGGGUGGUUUUGGAGUUGUGUAUAAAGGAGUGAUAGAUGAAAAUGUAAGGCCAGGUUACCAGGUCACACAGGUUGCUAUUAAGGAGCUAAAUCGAGACGGAAUUCAGGGUGAUAGGGAAUGGCUGGCUGAAGUUAAUUAUUUAGGCCAGUUCAGUCACCCAAAUCUUGUAAAACUUAUUGGAUAUUGUUGUGAGGAUGAACAUCGGUCAUUGGUCUAUGAAUACAUGGCAAGUGGGAGCUUGGAAAAACACCUUUUUCGCAGAGUGGGCUCAAUGUUGACUUGGUCAAAAAGAAUGAAGAUUGCUUUACAUGCUGCAAAAGGGCUUGCUUUUCUUCAUGGUGCAGAGAGGCCCAUCAUAUAUCGUGACUUCAAGACAUCAAAUAUUUUGCUAGAUGCGGAUUUCAACGCAAAGCUUUCAGACUUUGGUCUUGCAAAGGAUGGACCUAUGGGAGAUCAAACCCAUGUUUCAACACGUGUGAUGGGCACAUAUGGAUAUGCUGCACCUGAGUAUGUGAUGACUGGGCAUUUAACUGCUCGAAGUGAUGUGUAUGGUUUUGGGGUGGUGCUACUUGAGUUGCUUAUUGGAAGGAAAGCAUUAGACAAGAGCAGGCCCAGCAGACAACACAACUUGGUUGAGUGGGCACGUCCACUGUUGAAUCAUAACAAGAAACUUCUUAAAAUUAUAGACCCUAGAAUGGAUGGGCAAUAUUCAGCUAAAACUGCAAUAAAGGUUGCCCAUCUGGCAAACCAAUGUCUUAGCCAAAAUCCAAAAGGCAGGCCUCUAAUGAGUCAGGUUGUUGAAAUUCUAGAGAAUUUUCAGUCAAAGGACGAAAACGAAGAAGAGCAAAUGCUUCAAAUUGGCAGCAGCAGUAUAACCCUUUAUGAGGUUCCGAAGGACACUAGAGCAAUUGGGAAAAGGCAAUGUGAAAAUGACGAGGUUUAUAGCAGCGAAUGAAGAAAUUGAGGGUUGGGGGUGGGGGGGGGGGGUGUAGAGCGAACAAUCAAAUAAUUAUGACUUGCCUAGUCCUUUUGCCAGAUUUUGUGCUCCGAGAUUAAGCCAGUUUCUAGGUGAUCAAGCUGUACCUGUAUCGAUGGACAUUGAAUCUGCUGGAAAAUGUCAGUUGCUGUUUUGAGAUUGUCUGAUUUGAAGCAGCAUUUGUGAAGUGAGGCACAUAAUAUCUUUUUCCUGUCCAGUUUUUGUGUCCUGGGAAUACUAGUACUGUGAAUUAACACAGCACUGGCCAAACAUUUUUUUUUUAAGUGACGAUUUCUGGUUUCUCUAUAUCUUCAUAUAUUUGCCAACACGCAAUGCACUAGGGUGAAAAACUCUCGCUGUGCCAGCAGCUCCUGAGGAAAUGGUUUGGUCGUGACUAAAUGGCUAAAGCGAAUUUUUUUUUA